AUGUCCCGCUGGCUCAUCAACUACUCCCCGCAAGCCGCCAUCAUCCGCCUCCUGACCAUAAACUGCGCCAACGCCUUCCUGACGGAGCGCAUCCUCUUCAUCGCCGGCGGCUUCGACGACGCCCGCCUGCUUCUCCCGGGCUGGGUCAGCAUCGCCACCGCCCUGACGCUGUGCUAUCACAUUACGCAGCGCAAGAUUAACAUUCGCAAGGAGACGUCGACCUCGAUCAAUAUUUUCUCCAUCGCCAGCUUCGUCAGCAUGGUCGCCCUGCUGGCUCACCUCCACACGAGCCGGCUCGACUACCCCGAUGCGCCGCUGCUCCACAUUGUGCGCGCGUGCCGCCAGUACUGGGCGCAGAUGGUGGGCGAGAACGACGGCGACUUGGACGCCAAGUGCGAGCUCUAG